AGAUAAGUCAAAAACUAGUGAAUCUAUUUUUGGGCCCUAUCCUGAACCCAGAACAGACAAUACCUCCAAACAAUCACUUCACUCUAAACCAAGGAUCCAAUAUGAACAACAAACACAAAACCAACACAUCAUCAGUCCCCUACCCAAGCUCGAUUUUUCUCAUUUUGAUGGAACCAACCCCAGGUCUUGGAUAUUGAAAUGCAACAGCUAUUUUAAAAUUAUUCCCAAUGUCCCUGAUCAUCAGAAGGUACUCCUAGCUUCUAUGCAUUUUGAAGGAAAGGCAGCUCAAUGGUACCAAAGUUUCAGCAGCAAGUGUGAGGAUAUAUGCUGGGCAGAUUUCAUUGAACUCAUAUCAGCCAGGUUUGAGGCCUUGAAGGAGUCCAAGAUAAUAGGUGAGUUCAAUAAACUCAGGCAUGUUGGCUCCUAUGUGGACUAUGUGGAGAAAUUUGAGGAACUUAGGGCUUGCAUGAUUUGUAUGAACCAUGGCUAUACUGAAGAAUAUUUUAUAGCCAGCUUUGUGAGUGGGCUAUCUGAGGAAUUACAAUCAUUUAUCAACAUGUUUGAGCCACAAACCUUACAGCAAACCAUAGAACUGGGAAAGAAACAGCUACUGACACUUGAAGCUAUUACCAAAAAGCUCAAAAACCCAACCAAAUUCCCUCAAAAUUCCUACCAAGCACCCAAAAGAAAUGAAAACUAUAACCCAGUCACCAGUAAACUCAACAAUUCUUUCAAAAACCCUGUGAAACUACUCACAGCCUCAGAAAUGGCAGCUAGGAGGGAAAAGGGCCUAUGCUACAACUGUGAUGAACAGUUCACUUAUGGACACAGGUGCAAACACAGACUUAACUUCAUGACCAUGACUGAAGAAGAGGAAGUUAACUAUCUCCAGUCCACACAACACACAGAGGAAGUGGAAGAAAUGGAUAAAAUUGAAGAAAUACAAAUGUCUCUUAAUGCCAUAGCUGGGGAGGAUGGCCUUACCACCAUGAGGGUCUUUGGGGACAUAAAGGGGCACAAAUUGCACAUUCUCAUUGACUCAGGCAGCACACUUAGCUUUAUACAAGCUAGUACUGCGAAGUCCCUGGGUUUACCCCUAACAUCUGUCAAACCUCUUAUGGUUAAAAUUGCUAAUGGGCAGAGGAUGAUAAGCUCACAUGUGGUUGAGGGUUUUCAAUGGUUUAUGCAGGGACAAUGCUUCACUUAUUCACUCAGAGUGCUUGACAAUGAGGGAUGUGACAUGAUAUUAGGUGGGGAUUGGCUGAAAAGUUGCACCCCCAUUGAACUGGACUAUGAAAAGAUGAGUUUUACUGUCACUCUCAAAGGGAAGAGG